CUUUAAUGAGAUUUUUACUUCUAGAACCCGUCUGUUGCAGUCUGGCUCUUCUUUUAGAUGUUUUCUAUCAUUAUUAACAUGGAUUUGAUUUAUUCGUGUAGGAAUGCUGAACAAAUGCAGUCUUGGAUCACACGCAUCAACACAGUGGCAGCCAUGUUUUCAGCCCCGCCCCUCCCUGCUGCCAUUGGCUCACAGAAGAAAUUCAGUCGGCCGCUGCUGCCAGGCUCCGCCUCCAAGCUGUCACAGGAGGAGCAGGUACAGGCUCAUGAAGCUCGAUUUCGCUCCAUCUCCACUGAGCUCGUACAACUGCGCUCUUAUCCACCUGACAGGAAGGUGAAAGGUCGUGAACUUGAGGAGUACCGAUUGAGGGAGGAAUAUCUAGAGUUUGAGGAGCGCUCUUUCAUCCGUCAGAACGGGAACAUUCCCAAACACAGAGCUUCGCUGAGCCUGGAGACCGACUGA